GCGUUUUUCGACGGCCGGCGGGAUCUGGGCCGGAGCGCUUCUCUGUGACGACGCUCGGGCGGGAACAGCGAGCCGGGCGUAGCGCCGUCUUCCUUGGCCGCCACCAUGAUGAGACGCAGCAAGGCGGAGGUGGACCGCUAUGUGUCCUCGCUGCUGGCCACGGCCCCUUCGCCCAGGGAGAAAUCCAUGAAAGGAUUCUUUUUUGCUAAGCUAUACUAUGAAGCAAAGGAAUAUGAUAUUGCGAAAAGGUACAUAUCUUCAUAUCUCAGCGUCCAAGAAAGAGAUCCCAAGGCACACAGAUUCUUGGGGCAGCUCUAUGAAGCUGAAGGUAACAUAGAGAAAGCUGUUGGCUGUUACAAGCGUUCAGUAGAACUGAAUCCAACACAGAAAGAUGUUGUAUUAAAGAUUGCAGAGCUGCUGUGCAGUACUGAUGUUAUUGAAGGAAGAGCAAAAUACUGGGUUGAGAGAGCAGCCAAACUGUUUCCCGGCAGCCCUUCAGUUUUCCGGUUAAAGGAACGUCUAUUGGAUUGCACCGGUGAAGAUGGGUGGAAUCAGCUUUUUGAUUUGAUUCAGUCUGAAUUGUACGCAAGACCAGAUGAUGUAUAUGUUAACAUCAGACUAGUAAAGCUAUAUAUGUCAAAUAAAAGGUUAAGAGAUGCUGUGGUACACUGUCGGGAAGCAGAGAGAACUAUUUCUUUACAAUCAAGCUUGGAAUGGUGCAUGUGUGUUGUACAGACUCUUAAGGAAUAUCUGGAAUCUGUACAGGAUCCUGAGUCUGAUAAAACUAAUUGGAAAAGAACCCACCGGGACUUAUUGUUGGCUUACUCCAAUCUAGUUGUAAUGACACUUGCAAACAGAGAAGUAAAAGAGAGCAGAGAAUCCUUUGAAAGCUUUGAUAAUGCACUUUAUUCAGUGAAACAGUAUGUAACUAGAGAUGAUGAGCUGUCUGUAACUUUCCUGGAAAUGAGAGGCCACUUCUACAUGCAUGCUGGAACUCUGCUCUUAAAAAUGGCUCAGCAAAGUGAAGUGCAGUGGAGAGCUGUUUAUGAAUUGGCAGCAUUGUGUUACCUUAUAGCUUUUCAGGUUCCUAGACCAAAGUCAAAGCUAAUAAAAGGAGAUCAAGCUGAGCAAGAGAAGUUGGAAAUGUUAGCCUGUGACCGACAAAGCCAAUCCGGCCACAUGCUGCUAAAUCUAAGUCAGAGCAAGCAAGACUUCUUCAAGGAGAUUGUUGAGUCAUUUGCAAACAAGAGUGGGCAGUCCGCUUUAUUUGAUGCACUAUUUGGGACUGGUUCUUGUAGAAAGAGCUCCUUCCUUGGCACCGAUGAUAUCCGAAAUAUUGGUGUACAAGCACCAGAAAGCACAGAGCUAACUAGAUACGAUAUUGGUGCCAUUAGAUCACACAGUGGCAGUCUCCAGCACCUUACGUGGCUCGGUCUACAGUGGAAGUCCUUGUCAAGUUUGCAAAACAUUCGCAAGUGGCUAAAGCAGAUCUUUCAUUUGCCUCAGGAAACAUCAAGACUUGAGACCAAUGCUCCUGAAUCACUUUGUAUAUUGGACCUUGAAGUAUUUCUACUUGGUGUGAUAUUUACCAGUCAUUUGCAGUCUCAGGAAACAGAGAAGUUAAAUACUUUGUACAUUCUACACCAACCUCGCUUUCUGCCGUUGCCAAUAUGCAAACAACUUUGUACUGAAAGGCAAAAAGUCUGGUGGGAUGCCGUUUAUAAUCUUCUUCACAAACGGGCUGCACCAGGGACAGCAGCAAAAGUGAGACUUCGGGUUCAACAUGAAAUAAACAGCUUAAGAGCCUUGGGAAAACAUGGACUUCAACCAGCUCUAAUUAUACACUGGGCAAAAUGUCUCCUUAAAACGGGCUGCAGCCUUAAUUCUUUCUAUGACCAAAGGGAAUACAUUGGACGCAGUGUUUAUUAUUGGAAAAAAGUUCUGCCAAUGCUUGAGACAAUCAAGAAAAAGAAAAGUGUUCCUGAGCCAAUUGAUCCUCUGUUCAAGCAUUUCCACAGUGAAGACAUCCAGGCUUCCCAGGUUGACGGAUAUCGAGAAGAAGCACACAUAGCAUUUGCUAUGUUGGAUGCUGUUGAUGGAAAAACAGAUGAUGCCAUGCAAGCAUUUGAAGCUAUUAAAAAUGUUGUUUCAUAUUGGAAUCUUGCUCUGAUUUUCCAGAGGAAAGCUGAAGAGAUGGAGAAUGAUGAUCUGUCUCCAGAAGAACAAGAAGAAUGCCGGAAUUAUUUGAAGAAAAGCAGAGACUAUCUCCUAAAGAUAAUUGAUGAAAGCUGUACAGAUGCAUCAGUAAUGGAAAAGCUACCAGUAUCUGUAGAAACAGUUAAAGAGAUGUUGGAAGGUGUAAUACAAGAACUUGGAGACAGUGGUGAAGAAAGGCGUUCUGCCUUAAACAAUGACCUGAGCCAGCCACCUGAAACAGAAAUUAAACACUCUACUCCAUCACCCACAAAGUUCUCACUGUCUCCAAGUAAAAGCUACAAGUUCUCGCCCAAAACUCCUCCUCGUUGGGCAGAGGAUCAAAAAUCUCUACUUCAGAUGCUCUGUCAGCAAGUAGAAUCUAUCAAGCAUGAAAUGCAAGAACUGAAACUCAACAGUUCAAAUACAAACACAUCUCAUCGUUGGCCUGCUGAAAGCUAUGCUGCAGAAACGAUGUCAGAUGGCUAUCAGGGAGCUCAAAGCUUUCAUGGAGCACCAUUAACUGUUGCUACAACAGGGCCAUCUGUCUACUACAACCCGUCACCAGCUUAUAAUUCCCAAUAUCUUCUACGAACAGCUGCCACCAAUGUGACUCCCACAAAGGCUCCUGUCUAUGUGACUAGACUUACACCUCAGCAACAUAUAUAUACAUAUCAACAGCCAAUGCAUACUCCUCCACUACAGAGCACCUCGACUUGUAUGUUUUCACAAGAAAUGUAUAGUACUCCUCUGCGUUUUGAUUCUCCUGCAACUGGAAUUCUGUCUCCUCGUGGUAGUGAAGACUAUUACAAUUACAGUGUUCCACCAACUAACUCAAACCCUCCACUCCCAGAGCCGGGCUAUUUCACCAAACCUUCAACAGCGCCUCCCGUUCCAAGAUCUGUAGAGUCAAAGGUGGCAGAAUUUGGGAAGCCUCACUUUGGGCAGCCUAUACCAACAGAAGGAGCAAAGCCUCCUUCACUGAUAACCCCUGCUCAGUCUACUCAGUCUACCACUUUCAAAUUUAAUUCUAAUUUCAAAUCUAACGAUGGGGAUUUUACUUUUUCAUCACCUCAAGUUGGAACACAACCCCACAGUGCAUCCUAUAGUAACAGCGAUAGCCUUUUGGGUCUCCUGACAUCUGAUAAACCUAUAAAAGAGGAUCACUAUAUAGGACAAAAGCUUGCUGCUGAACAUGCCACUGGACAGCGCAGUAUCUUCAGCUUUGGUAUCAAGAAUACUUCAGGCGUUUCUUUUACAGAAAAAAUGGGCCAGAACCAACCAAAACACUCUGGUUUCAUUAAGGGAGAUGGGUUCACUUUCCAAGAUCUUGGCAAACCUAUGUUUGGUACACCAAGUUCAGAUGUAGCAAACCGAAGUCAUGAUACAGAUGGUGGAAGUAUCCAUGGGGGUGAUGAAGAUGAUGACGGUCCCCAUUUUGAACCUGUUGUUCCACUACCUGAUAAAAUUGAGGUAAAAACAGGCGAGGAAGAUGAAGAGGAAAUCUUCUGCAACAGAGCAAAACUCUUUCGUUUUGAUACUGAGUGCAAGGAGUGGAAAGAGAGGGGUGUUGGUAAUGUGAAAAUUCUGAGGCAUAAAUUAACUGGCAAAAUCAGACUACUGAUGAGACGAGAACAGGUAUUGAAAAUCUGUGCAAAUCACUAUAUAAGUCCUGAAAUGACUUUAACACCAAAUGCUGGGUCAGAUAAGUCAUUUGUGUGGCAUGCCUUGGACUAUGCAGAUGAAUUGCCGAAACCUGAGCAACUGGCAAUCAGAUUUAAAACACCGGAAGAAGCUAUGCUGUUCAAGAGCAAAUUUCAAGAGGCUCAGAAAAGUUUGAGGGACUCUGGACCACAUGUUACUGAACAACCUACUCAAAAUAUUGUGUCAUCAAGAGAAAUAACCCAAGACGCAAAGGAAUCUAGUAAGCCUGACCCUGGGAUCCUGGCCCCUGCAUUCCAUUUUAAGAGUGGUACAUCCUCUGUUGGUGGUAGCAGUCAAGUUUCUAACUCUAACAUGAACAAUACAACCAAAAAUGCUAAUACCAAAAGUACAUUUACAGGUACAUCGACUGGGUCUAUACCUGCAUCCUUUUCCUUUGAUAAGGGAGUUCUGGCGUCACACACUACCCAUGGGUUUGGUGAGCAGUUUACAUUGAAGAAAGAUCAGUGGGACUGUGACGUAUGCCUGGUUAGAAAUAAAGAAAAUGCCCAGAAAUGUGUAGCAUGCCAGAGUCUGAGGCCACUUAAUAAAGCAGCAUUGGCCACUACUUCUCAAACAGAAUCUACUUUGGCAUUCAAACCCAAUACUGAAAAUGCACAGAGUACGUUUGGACCCAUUUCUGCUAAAAUGGAAAACCAGUGGGAAUGCAGGGUCUGUUCUAUAAGAAACGAAGCCCAUGUAUCCCAUUGUACUGGCUGCAAGAAUCCCAGUAGAGCUGAUGCACCAGUGUUUGGUCCUCAAGCCACAUUCAAAUUUGGCCAAACAGAUACUCCAAAGGUCCAACAGAGUGACUUUGGGGCUGCUUUUUUGAAAAAGGAAGGUGAAUGGGACUGCAGUACAUGUUUAGUACGAAAUAAAGCUGCUUCAUCGACUUGUGAAGCUUGUCAGGCUCCAAAUCCAUGUAGUAAUGCUCCAUGCCUACCUGUUAAUACUCAACCCCCUACAUUUGGUUUCAAUAGCAAGUUGACAGACCCCAGCAGAGGACCUCUGGGGACAGGAUUCAAGAGUAGCAUUUCAGACCAAGGUUUUAAAUUUGGCCACCAUAUAGACCAAGAAAAGUCAUCUUCCUUCAUGUUUCAGAUCCCUUCUAGUGCAGAGGCUAAGCCCAUAAAGAGUGGGUUUAAUUUUUCAAUGCCUGUACCUCCAGGUGGAUUUAAAUUUGGUAUACAAGAGCCUAGCAAAGAUGUCACAAAAGAUGAACAGAAUAAAGAAGAGAGUCUCGUUGAAGAAAAGAAUUCCGAGGGAAAAGCUGCAGAAGAAUCUCAGGAUUCAGCUCACAAACAGAGCAGCAGUUUAGUUUUUGGCCAGCAUAGCAGCACUUUCACUUUUGCAGAUCUUGCAAAAACAUCAGCUGGUGAAGGAUUUCAGUUUGGUAAAAAGGAUCCAAAUUUUAAGGGAUUUUCAGGUGCAGGCGAAAAACUCUUUUCUUCUCAGGCUGCUAAAACUCCUUCCAAAGCAAAUGUCUCUGCUGACGUUGACAAGGAUGAUGAUGCAUAUAAAACAGAAGAUAGUGACGACAUUCACUUUGAACCUGUUGUCCAGAUGCCUGAAAAAGUGGAACUUGUCACUGGUGAAGAGGAUGAGACGGUGUUAUACUCACAAAGGGUAAAAUUGUUUAGAUUUGAUGCAGAGACUAGCCAGUGGAAAGAACGGGGUGUGGGCAACCUGAAAAUCCUUAAGAAUGAGGUGAAUGGCAAGCUGCGAAUGCUCAUGCGUCGAGAGCAGGUACUAAAGGUCUGUGCAAAUCACUGGAUUACGACCACCAUGAACCUAAAGCCCCUCUCUGGCUCAGACAAAGCAUGGAUGUGGUUAGCCAAUGACUUUUCUGAUGGUGAUGCAAAGUUGGAGCAGCUGGCAGCUAAAUUCAAAACUCCAGAGCAGGCUGAGGAAUUCAAACAAAAAUUUGAAGAAUGUCAAAGGCUACUGCUGGAUAUACCACUCCAAACCCCACACAAACUCGUGGAUACUGGGAAAACAGCUGAGCUCAUACAGAAAGCAGAAGAAAUGAAAAGCGGAUUGAAAGAUCUGAAAACCUUUCUGACGGAUGAUAAAACUAAACUUGCAGAUGAAGAAAAUAAAGACACUGCUUCUGAUUUGAUUAUAAAACCGCAUGCUGAAAGCACUGGGCCUACCUUAGAGUGGGACAACUAUGACUUGCGCGGGGAAGUACUGGAUGAAGGUACAAGUAGUUCUGUAUAUACAUUGCCUCGGGCUAGUAGCCCUGUGAGGAAAAAUCUGUUCCGGUUUGGAGAGUCUACAGCAGGGUUUAAUUUUAGUUUCAAAUCUGCUCUGAGUCCCUCAAAGUCUCCUUCCAAGCACAACCAAAGCAGGACUUCCAUAGGCACAGAUGAGGAGUCAGAUGUUACCCAAGAAGAUGAAAGAGAUGCUCAGUACUUUGAACCAGUAGUACCUUUACCCGACCUUGUAGAAGUAACAAGUGGUGAGGAAAAUGAGCAAGUUGUCUUCAGUCACCGAGCCAAACUCUAUAGAUACGACAAAGAUGCUAAUCAGUGGAAAGAAAGAGGUAUUGGGGAUAUAAAGAUCUUGCAGAAUUAUGACACGAAACAAGUUCGUAUAGUCAUGAGAAGAGAUCAAGUGUUAAAGCUUUGUGCCAAUCACAGAAUAACCCCAAAUAUGAACAUCCAGCAAAUGAAGGGGACAGAGAGAGCAUGGGUGUGGACUGCAUGUGACUUUGCUGAUGGGGAAAGAAAAGUAGAGCUCUUGGCUGUACGAUUUAAGUUGCAAGAUGUUGCCGAUUCUUUUAAGCAAAUUUUUGAGGAAGCAAGAUGUGCUCAAGAAAAAGACACCUUAAUCAAACCACUCUGUUCACGUGCUAAUACUCCAAAGGAGUCUCCAUGUGGAAAAAUUGCUGUUGCCAUACUGGAAGAAACUACCAGGGAGAGAACCGAUUCAGAGCCAGAACAAGAGACAGUUAACGAAAUAGUAGAAACAUCAGUCGUUCCAGUUCCUUCCGAGACACCAACAAAAGCAGUGGUUUCACCUCCCAAAUUUGUAUUUGGCUCAGAAUCUGUCAAAAGUAUUUUUAAUAAUGAGAAAUCAAAGCCUUUCACUUUUGGAAAUACAUCAGCAACAGGAUCUUUGUUUGGUUUCAGUUUUAAUGCUCCUCCCAAGAGCCAAAGUGAUAGUUCAGUGUGUCAAACCACAGUACAGAAAGAACAGGGGAGCGUGUUUGGCGCUGUAAAUUGCAAAGCUGAUGGACAUCAGGAAAGUGGCAGUUGGAAAACCUGUGAUGGCAAAGAUGUCCAAACGGCUACCUCCAAAAUGGAAGGACCUUCUAACUUUUCAUUUAAAAUACUAGAAAAAGGAUUAAACUUUAGCCUUUUUAAAUCUAACCCAAUGGCCUUUUGGACCAGCGGAUCUCCCUCUCCACCUGGUAGUAAAGCUGAGAUUAAGAAGGAACCAGAUACCGUUACUUCAGAUGAUGUAUUGAUUGUAUAUGAAUUAACACCUACUCCUGAACAAAGAGCUCUUGCAGACUCCCUUAAAUUGCCACCAACAUUCUUCUGCUACAAGAACAAACCUGGUUAUCUGAGUAGUGAUGAUGAUGAUGAGGACUAUGAGACAGCAGUGAAGAAUCUUAAUGGAAAGUUAUAUCCUGAUGAACCUGAAAAACACACAAGGCCAAAGGAAACUGACAGAGGUAUCAUGGGAGAAAAUGAAGCAGAAAACGGGAGUGAGUGUGUUUUAGUCUGGGAAAAGAAACCAACUCCUGAAGAAAAGGCUAAAGCAGAGACACUGAAGCUUCCUCCAACAUUUUUCUGUGGCAUUGGCAGUGAUACUGAAGAAGACAAUGAAAACUUGGAAGACUUUCAAACAGAACUUAGAAAAAUUCAAGAAACUAAAGAAGCAGGUGAAGUCACAAGUUCAGUUGAUGUGAGUACUACUAAGGAAGCAAAGCCUGUUGCUCCAGGCAGUAAAAAUGAAGUGCAUUCAGAAUCUAAACAGACUACACAGUCUUCGUUGGGAACAGAUGAUACACCUGUUGAUUUGUCAACUAAAAAAGAAAAUGAUUCAAAUUCUACAUCAUCUACCAACCAGGAACAUCAACUUUUCUCAUUUGACCUUGGCAAUGUGCAUGGCUUGUCUUUUGCUGAUCUGGCUUCAAAUAAUUCUGGGGAUUUUGCUUUUGGUUCUAAAGACAAAAACUUCAAGUGGGCAGAUACAGGAGCAACCGUAUUUGGAGUGCAGCCAGCUGCUAAAGGAGAGAAUGAAGAAGAUGGGAGUGAUGAAGAAGUUGUACAUAAUGAUGAUAUUCAUUUUGAACCAAUAGUAUCUCUGCCAGAGGUUGAGGUGAAGUCAGGAGAAGAAGAUGAAGAAAUUAUUUUCAAAGAGAGGUCAAAACUCUACAGAUGGGACAGAGAAGUCAAUCAGUGGAAAGAACGUGGUGUGGGAGAAAUAAAGAUCUUGUUCCAUACACAGAAGAAAUACUACAGAGUUUUAAUGAGAAGGGACCAAGUUCUUAAAGUCUGUGCAAAUCAUAUAAUCACAAAAGCAAUGGAUUUAAAACCCUUGAAUACCUCAAACAAUGCUAUGGUUUGGACUGCUACAGAUUAUGCAGAUGGUGAAGCUAAAGUGGAACAGCUUGCAGUCAGAUUUAAAAACCAAGAACUGGCUGAUUCCUUCAAGAGGAGAUUUGAAGAGUGUCAACAAAGCUUGUCAGAGCUACAAAAAGGCCAUGUAUCCCUGGCAGCAGAACUGUCAAAGGAAACUAAUCCUGUAGUAUAUCUUGAAGUUUCUGCUGAUGAUGAACUUCUAGGUCAUAUAACCGUGGAACUGUUCUCAUAUAUUGUUCCUCGAACAGCAGAAAACUUCAGGGCACUGUGUACAGGAGAAAAGGGAUUUGGUUUCAGAAACUCCAUAUUUCACAGAAUAGUUCCAGGUUUUGUCUGUCAAGGAGGUGACAUCACUAAACAAGAUGGCAGCGGGGGACGAUCUAUUUAUGGAGAUUCGUUUGAGGAUGAAAACUUCGAAGUAAAACACACUGGUCCUGGCUUACUAUCCAUGGCAAAUCGAGGCAGAGACACCAAUAAUUCUCAGUUUUUUAUUACUCUAAAGAAGGCAGAGCACUUGGACUUUAAACAUGUUGUCUUCGGGUUUGUGAAGGAUGGCAUGGAUAUUGUGAAACAAAUAGAAUCUUUUGGCUGUCCUAAAGGAACAGUGUCAAAAAGAAUUGUGAUUACAGACUGUGGGCAAAUGUAAAAAUUACUCGGACAUAUAUGUGGAUGAAAAGAAAUUGACAUUCAACAAAUCUAGACAAAAUUAUGUUCAGUUUUUGAAAAACCGAACACUUUUGAUGUAUAAAUGUAAAGUUACAGCUUAUAGCUGAGUACUUUUUUAAAGUGUUCUGAUUGCAUGUUAUGAAAUAAAAGCGUAUACAGUAGUAUUUCAAAUGUAA